AUGGCUUUGACAAUCGCAGGUACCCAUUUGGCUCUUGGACCCCUCCUGUCAGGAUGUUACAGCAUUGUAAAAGGCAUUAAUCAGCUUCGGCAAAGCUACAACUUUAUGCCCUUGACCUUGACAUCCAUUGUCUUGACCUGCAACACGACCAGCUCAACCUUGAACAAAGUCGACUCGACUCUUGCAGAAUACUCUGGAACAGCCAGAGACCUCACUCAGGAGCUUUUCGAGCAGUUUGAUGGUAUCAAGAUUGGAUGUACCAUGACUCUUUCCCUCCUCGAAAGGCAUGUCUCAGAUCUACUCGACACCGCUAGCAGCGAGAUGCCGCUCAAGGCUCAGAAGGCAUCGAGAACGGACAAUUUAAAAGCCUUGUAUAAUGAGUCUGACAUGAAAGAGCUUUUUGGACAACUCAAAGACUACAAUGCACUAUUAAACACGAUUUUGAACCAAUUGCUCAGCGACAAGCAGAACACAAUGAUAGACAUGAUGACGAACCAGGAGAAAACACUGAAAACCAUGUUUCAAGCUCAAAACUCGCUCCGCAGAUUUCUCCACGAUGGUCCCGUCGAUAAGGAGACUGACACCGCAAGCAUCCUUUCCUCAACCACCAGCGGGACCGCUUUGACUGCGUUCGAUUUUGACUCAAUCAUCAAAUCUACUGCAGUCUACAAGCGUUGCAUGAACCGGCGUGGCGACGAACAAAGCCUCUUGGAGUGCUUGAGGGGAUUGACGGUUCAAUACGAUCCAGCCCGCACGACAGAUGGAGCAGCUACCGAUGAGAGAGGGGCAUUGACCUCCAUGCAGAGUCACCACAAAAUACUCACAGAAACCAUAGCAACACCACGAGAAGAUCAUGUGAUGACGGCAUCUCGUUCUAGUCCUCCACCGCGAGUCUUCGCAUAUCAUCCUCGUCCAUUCAACAACGAAGCGCAUGCGAAAUCAUCCGCCGUCCCGUUGGACUCGUCGGACCCGGACACUACGUAUGGUAGUGAUGCGUCAGAUCCUGAAGAUGUCCCGCCCAUGCGACUCUCAGAUUCUGGGAGGACGAUAUCAGAUCAUGUGAAGAAAGUGGUUGACACACGAUUACCCCACAGCGAGACCAUCUUCGUGCCCAGUAGCAAGCAUGAUUCAGAGACAUACGGCCCUCAAAGCGUAGAGGAGAACAGGCAUGCGCCACCGCAUGCUCGCUCAACUCUCCUCUAUGACAUUUUCUCAGGGAUCUGGAACAUAGCAUCGCAUAUGGACAGGGGUCGGACUACGAAAGACUGGUUCUGGAUCUUCGAGCCCAAGGAAGAGACAAUCAGUGUGGCGGUCUCGUCGAACCAUCUUCUCGCAGCCGCUACGCGAAACGGAAUCCUGAUCUGGAAUAUGUGUACUGGUGAAGAGUUGGCUAAGAUCAGCUGCAUCAUUGAGGCAAAUUCCUAUCCAGGAGUGAUCUUCUCUCUACGAACUCUGCUGUGA